AUGCGCGGGGCGAUUGGUUCGGGGCCGGUGCUGCACUUCCUCCUUGGGCUGUCACCACUCCAUGCCAACACGGCUAACAAGGCAACAGCCCAGCGCCCCUGCUCGAGGUGUAUGAGCACCAACAAAGAGGGAGCAUGUAUCGACGUGCAGCACAAAAAACGCGGAAGGCCUCGCUUGCGAGAUGACAGCCAAGCGAAAUACGAGGGCUCAAGGUUCGGGAGCGCCGUGGAUGCUAUGAGGAGGCCGUUGUCGUCGGCUUAUGGUCCAGGACCGCCGCUGGGUAUGGUUUACGAUGACCCUCUUCGCCGCAUUCAAUCGUACCGCGUGCUGAAAUCUCAGCCAGCUGAAUCAAUCGCUCCGCGGUUCCCGGAACGGGGGUUGGCGUCUGAUGCGAACAUGUACCCAGCCCCAUUGUCAAUCGCUACGGCCAGAGUCCACGAAGAACCAGUCGCGUACUUGACCAUCGGCCUCGAGUUUGCGAGGGCGUCGCCUUCCUUCCUGAGUGCGAUCGGGCGGGCGUCGGUAACGGGGCUCGAGAUCACGAAUGUGCUGGCAGUUGAGGAGCGCCCCAGGGCAACUAGGCUCCAGCAACAAGCACAGGAAGAGCAGGCCAGAAAAGACCCGGCUUAUCUCCCGCCGAUAUUUAACGACCGGAGCGACGCCGUGAUGCAGAGCCUUAGCUUUACUCCGGAAGAGGUGUCAAGAUACCCACUGCACUGGCUAGACACUUUCACCUUUUUAGGCGAUGAUGGGCAACCGAGACAAAUUCCGGUGCGCGCUGGGUUAGCGACUCGAAACUCGAUAUAUUUCGUAGUCUUGUUGCUGAAUCGGGGGUCUCGACCUUCAUAUCCAACGCCAUCUCCGAGCCUCAGAGAUAUGAGUGGGUCGUUCGAGCCGGGACUGCAACAUUACUCCCAACCCACGCCCCUGUCGGCGACAUUUGAUCCGCGACAAUCGAGGUUAAGUGAUCCCGGAUACGAUCCUCGGCCAUCCGGACAACAGGCUGGCGGGUCGCUUCACAUGUUACCGGCCCGAAGUCCGGGUCUCUCGUCGGCGUAUGGCAUUUCACCGAGCAGGCCAGACUACCCGAUCACUCCGAGAACGUUCCAAACUCCCAGGACUGAGUUGCACUCAGCAAGCCGCGCGCCCCAGCCGGCGGAUUAUCAACUCCUGCCCCUCCCAAGGAUCAGGAGCCCACCGAUGGGCACUACGCAACAAACUGAACCGCCUCAAACACAGCAGUCGCAUUCGCAGCCGCAGCCGCCCCCGCCGCUACCGCCACCACCGCCAUAUCAAAGCCGAGAAGAACGGUCCCGCAUAGGCAUCGGGGGCUUGCUUGAGCAGCCGGGGCAGACGAAGAGCCCAUGA